CUGAAGUAGAAGUGAUCAGAGUAGCAAUACUCAUGUUUGUAGUGAUGGUCCUUCUAGCUCCUUCUAAGAGAAAAGCUCCUAUUCCUGAAUGGAUAAUUGGGAAAAUAGGGGGAAAAGAAGAAAACGAGUUCCCAUGGGGUACGUGGGCGUAUAAGGGCUCAUUAGAUGCAUUGAAACAUAUGGACUUGGAGAAAAAGCUAGAUGAAAUAAUUGCUAAAAAUAAGUCAGCAACAAUGAAUUUCCCUGGAUUCUUAAUCCCAAUUUCGAUAUUGCUUUUUGAAUGCGCCCCUGAUUUUGCCGAGAAGUUUGCAAUGAGACUCCCUAAUUGUGUGCCUACUUUGCCGAGGUUACGUCUCUAUCGUCCAAAUACGACAAAAAGGAUCAGCACUGAACAGGUUCAAGUGGCUGAAGAAUCAAUAAAGAGGGUGCAGAGUAUUCUACUACCUGAUGAUUUGGAGAAAACUACUGAUUGGGUCAGAAGUUUGGAUCCUGUACAAGACAGUCACCCACAUGUUGAGCUGGAUGGAUUUGUGAAAUCAUUAGAGAGAAAAUUGGUUCUUUUUCCAGUCUCUUUGAAAAGAAAAUCAUGUGAGGUCAAGAGUCCUAAAGAGGAGAAGAAGCCUCCUAAAAAGAUGAAGUUGCUGAGCAUGAAGAAAGAAGAAGGUGUAGUGGAG